AUGGCAGGGCUCUCGGACGAGCGCAUUCAUCGGCUAUUGACUGAAGCUGAGGAUCGCUUGGCAGCGACGCCGUAUCACGAUAUCACGACCGAUGUUGGACAGCCCACUCUGAAGCUUGACAGCCCGUCUUUCGUUGUGGGCGCAAAAGGUGGCAUCGCACGGCCUCCUCAACAGAGGUUAGCGGUCCGAGAUGCCCACCAGACAAUCCCCAAGAAUAAGUUGGACGACGCUGGCCAAGGGUGGUUCGGCCUACCGAAGACUGAUCCGAAUGAUAAGGAAUUCAAGAGAGACGUGCAACUUCUGCAGAUGCGCGGAACAGCAUUGGAUCCCUCACGGCAUUAUAAGAAGGAAUCGCUGAAAGCCAAGAUGCCACGCUACGCGCAUGUCGGGCGCAUAGUAGAGGGUCCAACUGAUUUUUACAGUUCUCGGUUGAACCGGAAAGAGAGGAAGAUGACCCUGGUUGACGAGUUACUGGCUGCCGAAAAGGCUUCCGGGAAGUUCAAGGCCAAAUUUAAUGAUAUACAGGGCCGCAAGGCUAGUGGGAAAAAGGCUUCCUACAAAAGAUUCGUCUCACAAAGACGCCGGCGCAACUAA